GCAAUGAGUUCUGAGAAAUAUUAUCCACCCUUAGAGUGAGAAGGUCAACGGACAAAGCAGUGGUUGCUGAAAACAGCUGCUGCUUGAGGAACGAAGAAACGUCGGUUGAGUCAACUGUAAGACUAAGCCAAACUCCGUGUACAAGGGCACUGGUACGCUUUGCCGCUCGGCCGAUGCUAGGAUGUUGACGUGGAUCCUCGCUAAAUACGCCUUCAUGGCAGCCUUCAUGACUAACACCAGGACACCCGACCCAGCUUUCUAUGAGACUACGCGACUCAACGACACGUACGACUUUAUAAUUGUGGGAGGCGGUACGGCUGGUUGCCUCUUGGCUAACAAGCUGUCCGGGAAAGGGGCCUCCGUUCUGGUCAUCGAAGCUGGCGGCGUGGAGACGGAUUUCACCGAGAUUCCCGCUUUUGCGAAUCUGCAGCCGGAGGAUACACGUUGGACUGACAAGACACAGACACAGAAGAACGGCUCCUUCGCGCUGAACGGAAAUGGGACAUUUUGGCUGAGGGGAAGGUUGCUGGGUGGGUCAAGCGUGAUCAACUCUAUGCUCUGGGUUCGUGGGAACAAGUACGACUUUGACACCUGGGUGAGCUGCGGCGCCGAGGGCUGGUCCUAUGAUAAUAUGCUCGAAUACUACAAGAAAAUAGAGAACUUCACGAUUGAAAAGUACAUGGACAGAAAAUACCACGACGAUUGCGGAGAGAUUCCAGUGACGAAUUCCACCGCCGAGUCCAAGAUCACGGACGCACUUUUGAAGAGCUGCGCAGAGCUUGGGUACCCAGAGAAUGACUAUAACGGACAAAACCACACAGGGUGCACAAGGUUUCAGACGGAUAUUUUUAAAGGCCGUCGUGUCAGCGCCAGCAAAGCUUUCAUCCGAAAGAUCGUGAAAACACGCCCCAAUCUUCACAUUACAUUGCAUAGCCUGGCCACAAAGAUACUCUUCGACGGAAAGAAAGCUGUGGGAGUGCAGUUUGAGAAGAAUAAUGUGACGAAGAACAUCACGGCUACGAAAGAGGUCAUUCUUUCAGCAGGGACUGUGGGCAGUGCGCAACUACUGCUGCUGUCUGGUGUCGGACCAGAGGAAGAGCUCAAAAAGCACAGUAUUACUAAGGUAGCUGAGCUCCCAGUGGGGAAAAAUCUACACGAUCAUGUCGUCAUCGGAGGUUUGGUUGCGACGACGAAGAAACUCAUCGAGUCCCAAGUCCUGAAGAGCCCGGCAGCGUUCUUGGAGUACACCUUCAAGGCGACAGGAGGCUUCACUCUUCCACCACUGGUGUCCUUCUCGUUCCUCAACACAAGCCUGGCCCGUCCAGACUAUCCUGACGUUCAGGUCACCUUCAUGGCUGGAAGCGCGGCAGAUCCUGAAAGGGAACCCUACGAGACGAAAGUGAUCGGUGUCAAGCAGGAUGUGUACGACAAGUACUACAAGCCUAAAGCUGGACAGCCAACAUUCAACGCCCUAUACUUGCUGAACAGACCAAAGUCGAGAGGAACACUUACACUGAACACAACAGAUCCACACGAUUCACCGCUUCUGGAUCCGAAGUAUCUUUCUCACGAAGACGACGUAACAAUGGCAGUAGAGGCUGCGAAAGCGACUUUGAGAUUCAUGAACACAUCUGCUCUUCGCGAGGAGUACGAUGUGAAACUGUGGAACAUUUCGAUGCCUGGAUGCGAGGGACGUGAGCUUUACAGCGAUGAUUAUCUCAAAUGCUUCGUCAAGCAGCUGACGCUGUCGGCCUACCACUACGUGGGCACCUGCAAGAUGGGCAACGACGACGAUGCUGUAGUGGAUAGCAAACUCAAAGUUCGAGGUGGCCUGCAGAACCUUCGAGUUGUGGAUGCUUCCAUUAUGCCAAGCGUCGUGUCGGGGAAUAUCAUGGCAACGGUGUAUGCCAUCGCAGCCAAGGCGUCCGACAUGAUCAUCGAUGAGCACAAACUAGGUCAAAUAGAAGGUUAGCGCGAUGUAUCCCAACAAGGUAGUCGCCUGACACGAAGUUUGAGAGGGCAAAGAAAACCAUACAGUAAAAAUACAAAAUAAAGCAUAUUGACUACCA